UCCGAGGUGUUGAUCGCUGUUGACUGAUUUUAUUUUGGAGGUGCACUUGAUGGUGGGCUGGAUCAUUCCAGAUUGUCCUUAUCUUUAUUAAAGCAUCUUAAAAAAAUUUGUGAUAAUAGUGAAAGGUAUUCCGGUGAUUUCGUCUAUUCUACCUGUUCUAUUAAUAAUUGCAGUAGUGUGUUAACAAUCAGCAUCAAUUUGUCUGAAGUGCUCCGCUAUAACCCGCGCUGAAAUGAGCAAUACGUUUACAACGUAAUUGGAAGUGAAGUUAUGCAUUUGUAGGCAGAAACAUACUCAAGUUCAUUGAUACAUCAAGUACCAUUGAACACGUUCAUGGCAUACGAUGAGUUGUGUCAAUAUUCUAAACAUCCUAAUGCGCACAGAGAACUCCGAUAGCCGCAGAGUGAUUCUUCGUUGACUGUUCUCUCAUCGACGUUUUUAGGUUAAAUAUGAUGGCAGAACAAUUACUGCUUCACGGCUAAGCCCGUGCGAUUCUGCUCCUUGGUUCUUGUCGUCGAAAUGGACGCGAACGGGAACGGAAAAUGCGUUCCUCGUUCCUCAAUAGUGUAUUCUUAUCGGCGAGCAGCCAGCAACGAUGAAGGAAACAGGACAGAUCUGGAGUUUGAAUACAAUGACACUGACACACAUGCUAAUGAGAUUGCUGAGUUGUAUAGUUAUACAGAACAGUAUGAGUUGCAACUUAAUCUUAAGGCAUUUGAAGAUCAGAUGGAGUGGUACAAAUUACGACCAUGGUGGCAAAAAGUGCAUCCAUCAGACCGGAGGUCAGUGAUCUACAAAUUAUUAGAUCAAUUGGAGACCUCUAAUAAGCAGCUCAGAAUGAAGGCUGCUCGAUGUAUCCUUUAUUUAGCUCAGGGUUGUUGGGCUGAGGUACAGUCUGACCAAGAGCAACAAGACUGGACCAAGAUGAACGUAAUGUUACUCUAUGAAGCUGGCAUUUUUUCAGCAUUUGUUGAACUGCUAAACAUUGAGAUUGAAAAUAGCACAACUGCUACCUCAGCAAUGAGAAAGCUAGCUGUUAGUCUCGCUGAUUCAAUAGACUUAAGAGUCAUUCUGUCCGUUUUGUACAUUAUAACAGAAGUUAUGUGGAAAGAAUUGCAAAUGAUCGAAGUGAGUAGUUAUGAGGACACUGUUGAAGCUUUCGCAGAGGACCUUGUAAAUCCGCACGGGGAAGAGUUACUGAUUGUUAAACUUCUCGGCAUGGUAACGUCCUUCUGCAGCGGCUCAGCACCACAUUUUCCCAUGAAGAAGGUUCUUUUGUUGCUGUGGAAGUUAAUCCUGGUCUCUCUUGGUGGUAUCGACACACUUAAAGACUUGAAAAAGCAGUAUCGCGAGGAAGCCGGCCUGGACACGAAACAAGAAGACACUAUCGAAGUUGCCAGGAAUAUGAGAGCCAGCUCUCCGCCCAUGAGCGCGGCAGACUUAAUAGAAACACAAAAUCAGAAGAGGAAUAAUCGACCGUUUCGACGGAGUCUGAUGAAACAAAGCUCGUUGGAUGAUCCAGGCUUAGGUAUGGAGUAUGAGGGAGGGGAACCUGCAAACAAUACUGCAACGAACGAGAAUGACGGUGAACUGAUCGUAUUCCUGGGGCCUGGUGGGCCUGGUGGUUGGAAUCAGACGUAUUAUGAAGAUCAAAAUAAUCAGUCACAAUUAAGGCCAAGCACUCCGCAAUUUAUAAAGGGAAAGGGUUUGCCUUGGACACCCAAAGUGAGACAAAAGGACAUAGAUACUUUCUUGGAAGUCGCGAGGCUGAAAUUCGUCGGUUAUAAGUUACAGGGCGAUAGGGAAAGCUUAGCAGGUUUGCCGCAACCAAUUCACGAAGGGGUUACUACCCUGAAAAAGCAUAUGUACACGUCUUUAGCUGAAAUUCAGAUACGGAAAGAGGAGGAGAUAGCAAGAAAUCCGAUGAGUACAUCAGAACCGCCACUUCGUCAGACACCAACAGAGAUUCUUUAUCAAGCCAUAUUACCGAAUUUACCGCAGUAUAUGAUCGCGUUGUUAAAAAUAUUACUUGCUGCUGCGCCAACUAGUAAAUCUAAGUCGGAUAGUAUUAAUAUCCUAGCUGAUGUGUUGCCGGAAGAAAUGCCAAUGACGGUGCUGCAGUCGAUGAAGCUAGGAAUCGAUGUUAAUCGGCACAAAGAGAUAAUUGUUAAAGCCGUUUCUGCAAUUUUAUUACUGUUACUCAAACACUUUAAACUGAAUCAUAUAUACCAGUUUGAAUUUAUGUCGCAACAUUUAGUAUUUGCCAAUUGUAUACCUCUUGUAUUGAAAUUUUUAAAUCAGAACAUUAUAGCUUAUAUUGAAGCAAAGAAUGUUAUUCCUAUCCUGGACUUCCCCAUGUGUGUCAUCGGCGAUCAACCAGAGUUAACCACCGAAAGUCUCGAAAUCGGUCACAGUCAGAACUUCUCCUGGAGAAACGUCUUCUCUUGCAUCAAUUUGCUGAGAAUUUUGAAUAAAUUAACCAAAUGGAAACACAGUAGAAUAAUGAUGUUAGUUGUUUUCAAAUCAGCACCUAUUUUAAAACGCACAUUAAAAGUCCGACAUGCGAUGAUGCAAUUGUACGUUUUAAAAUUAUUAAAAAUGCAAACCAAAUACCUCGGUCGACAGUGGAGGAAGACUAACAUGAAAACUAUUAGUGUAAUUUAUUCGAAGGUUCGACAUCGCCUUAACGACGACUGGGCGUAUGGCAAUGAUUUAGAAGCGCGGCCGUGGGAUUUUCAAGUAGAGGAAUGCGAAUUGCGCACUUGCGUCGAUCAGUUCAACAAUCGAAGAUAUUCGAAUACCCCGAGAGACGAGGAGCUAGAACCGGUCGAUGCGUCAGUUACAUCGGUACUCGGUGCAAACGUGGAAUUGACGGAGGAGUUCAAACAACACUACGAAUUAUGGUUGCAACAAGAGGUAUUUCAAAGGAGUAUCAAUUGGGACGAACUGCUGGAUCCUGCGGCGUGUGAAAUUUAA